AGAGACAGAGAUGUGAGCGGCCAUUGAGGGCAGCCUGGGUGCCGGUGAGCCCCCAUCCCCCAUCUGCUCGGUGUGCGGGCUGAGCUUCGACGGGCUGACCUUCAAUGGAGGGGCACAUGACAGGGCACAAGAAGGAGAAGCAUUAUGAGUGUGAUGUGUGUGGCAAGGCCUGGCUGACCCCAGGCCUGCUGGAGACCCACCGGCGGAUGCACACGGGAGAACGCCCCUUCGACUGCUCGGAGUGUGGCAAGAACUUCAAAUGCUCCAGCAACCUGCAGAAGCACAGCCUCGUGCACUCCGACAAGAGGCCCUUCACCUGCUCCGACUGCGGCAAAGGCUUCAAGUCGUCCACGCAGCUGAAGUUGCACAGACGCGUGCACACCGGGGAGCGGCCCUACACCUGCAGCGACUGCGGCCAGGGCUUCACCAAGUCCAGCAAUCUGCUGGAGCACAAGCGCACCCACACUGGCGAGCGCCCCUACACCUGCGCCCAGUGCGGCAAGUGCUUCCCCCGCUCAAGCAGCCUGAUGGAGCACCAGCUCACCCACACCGGUGAGCGGCCCUUCACCUGCAGCGAGUGUGGCAAGGGCUUCACCCGCUCGCACGCACACCGACGAGCGUCCCUACAUCUGCACCCAGUGCGCAAGGGCUUCACCAGCUCCACACAGCUGCGGGCUCACCAGCGCAUCCACACUGGCAAGCGUCCCAACACCUGUACCCAGUGCGGCAAGCGCUUCACCAGCUCCACCCAGCUGCUGGCCCACCAGCGGUUGCACGCCGGCGACGGUACCUUCCCCAAUCCGGUGUGUGGAGAGAGCUUUGCCAUGGCCACCCAUGCCCUGUCUCACCAGCGCGUGCACACCAGUGACUGA